UAUAUUUACUCACCACCAACUUUAGUUCAUACAUCAUAUUCAGACUGAGUUGUGAAAUGACAAACAUAUCCUCUCUUCUUGCCCAUAUUGUACUCUGCUUGUCCUAAUCACCCGACUGCAACUGCAGAAAGCUUCAAGAUCCAUUUAUUCUUCUCAUUUUCUUCUUGUUUAACUAAUUCUUAGCUAUAAUAACUUGUUUAGCUUCAUGGUAUUUCUCCAAAAUCUUGAUUUCACUUCUUGAUUUGGAGAUAAAGAUUGCUUUUUUUUUCUUCUUUUUCUGUAUUUGGGUGUUUCAAGAAGGUUCAUACUGAUGGUGAAAAAGUUAAAGUUCAGUUCUUGUGGCCAUUUGAGGUCAGAUUUGGUUAAAGAUUUGAACUUUGGUAAGAUGAAACAUUGUCACACUUGGGUUUUUCAUUCUUUUAAUGGGGUCCUUGUGAUUGGACCCUUAUUGUUGUUGUUUCUUGUGGCAAUAGGGUGUGGUUAUUUCUACAAUAUAAAUUCUUUUCAAGAACCAAUUGUUCAUGAGAAUACAAAUAGAACAAGUAAUUUUAGUGGUGAAUGCAAUUUUUUUGUUGGAAAUUGGGUGCCUGAUGAAAGUUAUCCUUUGUAUAAUGCAUCAGAAUGUCCUUUUGCUGAACAAGGUUUUAGUUGUUUAGCUAAUGGUAGGGAGGAUAAAGAGUAUCUCAAGUGGAGAUGGAAACCUAGGAAUUGUGAAAUUCCAAGAUUUGAUGUUCAUGAAAUCUUGGAAAAGUUAAGGGGGAAAAGGAUUGUCUUUGUUGGUGAUUCAUUAAGUAGAACUCAAUGGGAGUCUAUGAUAUGCAUAUUGAUGACUGGUGUUGAGGACAAAAACAGUGUAUAUGAAGUCAAAGGAAGAAAGAUCACUAGACAGAUUAGGCAUUUACAAGUUCGAUUUAGCUCGUUUAAUUUUACAGUUGAGUUUUAUAGGUCAAUUUUCCUAGUACAGCCUGGCGCUCCGCCAAAACGUUCACCAAAGAGGAUCAAGAAAGCACUAAUGCUUGAUAAGAUGGAUGAUAUAAGCAAAGAAUGGAUUCAAUCUGAUAUACUUAUCUUUAAUACCGGUCAUUGGUGGACUCCCACGAAGCUUUUUGAACUGGGCUGGUACUUCCAGAUUGAUGGAAAGAUGAAAUUCGGAAUGACGAUAAAUGGCGCCUUCAAGAAAGCCUUAGCUACUUGGAAAUCUUGGAUUGAAAAGAAGGUCAACACUGAUAGGACACGCGUAUUCUUUCGGACUUUCGAAGCUACUCAUUGGAGUGUUGAAUCCCGUGAUAAAUGCAAUGUGACACGACUGCCUUGGUCGGAAACCAAUGGAAAGGAUGAGAGUCUGUUUUCAGACAUGAUUAUUGAUACUGUGAGAAAUGUAUUCAACCCGGUGACAUUGCUGCAUGUCACUCCGAUGGGGGCAUACCGGAGCGAUGCACAUGUUGGUACUUGGAGUGAUAAUCCAUUAGUGCCAGAUUGUAGCCAUUACUGCUUACCUGGUGUGCCUGAUAUGUGGAAUGAACUGCUUUUCGCCUUCCUGUUCUCAGAUCAGCAAUAUCAGUUUUAUUAGCUUCGCGGAUAUACAAGUCUUAGUCAACUUGUUUGACCUUUAACACAUACAUCGUCGUUGCAAAUUUCCAAUGAUUUCAUGUUGUUGGUGUCAAUGCAUGCUGCAUUAUAUCCUGUCUUGAUACAGACAAACAUAGAGCUUUUUCUUAUUAUUUGUAUAGUGGACUAUGUGAAUACUGAUGAUUCAUAUAGCCAAUCUCAACGUGCUUGAGGUUUAGUGAUACUGUUGUAGUAGUAUUAGUUGUUGUUUAUCGUGUAAUGGUUCCAGAGAUCUUGUACUCGUGCAAUUUAUUAGGAAUAUGAAAGAUUUAGAGAAAAAGCAAUGUCAUUGUGCUUGUCUUCAAGUGAACAAUUUGAUCUGUCAAAUGGUAUCCGGCUAAAAGCACCUUUAACCUA